AGGUGUUCACAGGAGCGCGCACGGCCGGUGAUCAGCCCCGUGCACGAGCCUGUAGUUCAGCAAAGCUGCUUCUUGUCUCCAUAGUGACGACACCCCGGAAAUACACCAUAACCUGCGUGUGGCGAUUAGCUUCCAGAAUGUUUAUCUGUCGAACAAACUUAUAACCGCGUCUUUUCAUUGUUUGGUGAUCCGUCUGUUUGUUUGUUUGUUUAUUUGUUGAACGCGUAAACAUGUCGGAGCCGGAGGAGGACCUGCAGGAAGAAAGCACGAAGAAGAAGAAGAAGAAGGACAAACGAAGCGUGAAGAAGAAGAAGGAGAAGCUGCAGCAGGUGGAGGAGGAAGAUGAGGACAGUGAGGGUGUUGAGCUGCGUGGGAUCUUCAAAAUCGGGAAGAAGAGUCACGAUGUCCUGCUCACCCGAACCAGGCUGACGUGGACCCCCAUCACUCCGGAGACCCCCACAGGUGAGCCGUGUGCUCAGCAGCACGGUGUGGUGCUGCUGCAGGACAUAUUUGCGGUGAAGGUGAAGCGGCGGCGAGCAGCAGGGUUGCAGUCGGGAGGACCUGUGCUCGGCGUGGCUCUCUUCUGCUGCAAGAGGAAAGGGAAGAGGCUGGAGGAGGAGACGCUGCACCUUCAUAACGCCUCCUCAGAACACACACACACCUGGUACAACAAACUGAAGGAGCUGCUCACAGGCUUCAGUCGUCCAAGGUACCUGAAGGUGUUGAUCAACCCCAGCAGCCACAAGAAGGAGUCCGUUCACAUCUACAGAGAACACGUGGCACCCCUCUUCAAGAUGGCCGACGUCCGCACUGACAUCACUGUGACGGAGAUGAAGGGUCACGCUCUCUCAGUGAUGAAGGAAUGCAAGCUGGAUGAAUAUGAUGGAGUGGUGUGUGUCGGUGGGGACGGUUCGGUAGCCGAGCUGUGUCACGCUAUGGUCGUCAGAGCUCAGCUGGACGCUGGUUCUCCUGAGAAACCAGUGAAACAAGUGCUGCCGCUUGGAAUCAUUCCUGCUGGCUCUACAGAUGUGAUUUCCUGCUCUGUUCAUGGAGUCAGAGAUGCUGUCACUGCAGCCCUGCACAUUAUCCUGGGUCACACACAGCAGGUGGACAUGUGCAGCUUCUGGUCUCUGGGUCAGUUGGUGCGUUUUGGAUUUUCCGCCAUGUUUGGUUUUGGUGGGCGGAGCUUAGCACGAGCAGAGAAGAAGAGGUGGAUGCCGUCAGGGAGGCGACGGGAGUACGCUCUAGUGAAGACUCUGGCGAGGCUCAGACCUGAGGACUGUCAGCUGUCUUUCCUUCCAGUGAAGACGUCAAACAAGAGUUUGUUUGAACAUCGAGACCAGGACCAGAGCCCAGAUUCAGAGGGAGAGGAGUCCUGGACCACCAAUCAGGGCCUGUACCUAAGCAUCAGCAUCAUGUCCAUCCCCUGUCUGAGUCCACACAUACCUCAAGGACUAGCUCCCAACAGCAGGUUGGAAAACGGCAGCGCGUCGUUGAUCGCUGUGGGAAACACUUCCAGGUCAGAGUUCAUCAAGCACCUGAAGAGGUACAACAGCUCCAGUGGACAGUUCAGCUUCUCCUUCGUGGAGACGCACGACGUGUCAGCGGUAAGGAUCCGUCCUCGCUCCGCUAUUGGCUGGUCAGAGGAGGAGAGCGAGGAGGAGGGAGACUCCAGAACGUCCCCCAUCAUCCAAUCAGAGGGAGCCGCCUUCCCCUGGAACAUUGACGGAGAGCUGGUGGAGAUCGCUAAUGAAGUGGUCAUCAGGGUCCACCCACAGCUCAUCACUCUGUACGGGGAGGAGGUGGAUGAGGCAGAGUCGACUGUUUCCUGCAGCUGUAUCUGAGUCCAGAAGAGGGCGCCAUGCUGUGCCACCUCAGUAACGACUAAACACUCAACAGCGCCCUCUGUAGGUCGUUGUUGAUGAGAUAACUUGACGAGAAUAGACGCUACAUCGUAAGCAGAGCUCUUUUUUUGCAUUUUUUUGUCACAUUUUUCUGCGUAAAUUGAUUUUUUUAUUGACUUCUGCAGCUUUAAUAACACAAGAUAACACAUAAGCUAACUCUAAUUGUUGCCUAUGCUUUUUAAUGCUUUAAAUUUAAUACAAGCCUUUAUUAAUGAGGAUAAAGAUGAAGGUUUUAUAAUCAAAUCAAUGUUUACAUUUUUGGAUUCUUUUGUUUUAACUAUUUUUUUUACGUAAUUUUUUAUUAACAUGCUCUUUGAGGCCGAGAGCAGACUCAACUUUUUUAUUUUGUGAGUUGAAACUAAAUUUGGGACUUAAAAAUGUUUCCUCUGCGUAUUUAUAGUUAUAUCUUUGGUGUUGUUGUUUCAGACUUUUUUGGCCCAAUGUGUCAAAACACUAAGUUUAACAUAUAAAAUCAGGUCCUUUAACGUCAGAGUUUUUUAUAGUGACAGCUGUAAAAAACAAAAACAAGUUCAAAUUGUUUAAAUAGAAAAUCCUUCAUUUUAAUGGAAACGUGUGGACAAAAGCAGUGAGACUCUCCAGUGCAGAACAUCUUCACAUAAACAAAAGCAACAAACUAAUUUAUUAAAAUAUUAAAAACAUCUCUCUGUGUGUUGUGCAUUUGUACAAUAUACAAAAAUAGAAGGGAAGCGUAGCAGCUGCUUUAAAUGUCUGAACUUGCAAUUCACUGAACAUGCUCAAAUAUUCAAGUACUCUUCCAUCAUUCCACCCCCGUCACUUGAUGUGCUGCUGGCUGUUUAUUUUCUGAUUGCAUAUUUUCACUCCUUGUUUAUACGGAUGAUUCAGAAAACUUGAGAACUUGAUCCUAUAAUUUAACAUCACUUCAGCUUUUUCAGAAAAAGUUCUUAUUUUAUCUGUUCGGUAUGUUUCUGUGUUGAAAAGCACAUUUUAAAUUAAAUUAACUAUCAUUGAUAUUUUACAAAUCCCAAAGGAGAAACAGAUAUGCCAUGAUUGAUAUCAAGAAAUGUAAAUGUAAAGAAUUCACUGAUGUCAAAACAGCAAACAACAUUCAAGUCCCUCUUUCAGUCACAUGAUGUUUGUGGUAGGAUUGUGGAAAGAAGCACAGAUGCUUAAAUGUGAAUCGGUGCAUCGGCUACACAAGCAGAUGACAGAAUAUAAAAAAACAAGUGACGAACA